AGUAACUGCGAUUUUUACAUUCUGCAAGUGUUUACAUUGUAUUAAACUCAGCCUGUAACAAGCUCAUUUCUAUUUCAUCAUCAUUUUUAAUGUCACUGUGAAACGAUCGCACUGGAAAAUAAUUAAUUCGAUUUGCAUAAUUGAUUUCUUUUUUUUUUUGGUUUGAAAUUCAUUGUUACAAAUUGAAAUAAUGGCAAAAACACCUGCAAUUGGUAUCGAUUUGGGCACCACAUAUUCAUGUGUUGGUGUAUUUGAAUAUGGUAAAGUGGAAAUUAUCCCUAAUGAACAAGGUAAUCGUACCACACCAUCAUAUGUUGGAUUUACCGAUACUGAGCGGUUGAUUGGUGAUGCGGCCAAAAGCCAAGUUGCUAUGAAUCCAAGUAACACUGUGUUCGAUGCAAAACGUUUGAUUGGUCGACGAUUUGAUGAUUCAACAGUGCAGGCAGAUAUGAAACAUUGGCCAUUUACUGUGGUCAAUUAUGGUGGAAAGCCCAAGAUUCAGGUUGAAUAUAAAGAUGAAACAAAGAUGUUCUUUCCAGAAGAGAUCUCAUCAAUGGUGUUGACCAAUAUGAAGGAAAUCGCCGAAGCUUAUCUAGGAAAGACCGUCACUAGUGCUGUAAUCACAGUUCCGGCAUAUUUCAAUGACUUACAACGUCGGGCCACCAAAGAUGCCGGUACAAUUGCUGGUUUGAAUGUUUUUCGUGUUAUCAGUGAACCGACGGCUGCCGCAAUUGCUUAUGGUCUAGACAAGAAAGUCGAAGGAGAACAAAAAGUAUUGAUUUUUGAUCUUGGUGGCGGUACGUUCGAUGUGUCCAUCUUGAUCAUCAAGAGCGGUAAUUUCGAAGUGAAAUCAACUGCUGGUGAUACCCAUUUAGGUGGCGAAGAUUUUGAUAACCGAAUGGUCGAUCACUUUGUCGAGGAAUUUAAACGAAAACACAAGAAGGAUUUGACCAGCAAUAAACGUGCACUUCGUCGUCUCAAAACAGCUUGCGAACGAGCCAAACGAACUUUGUCUUCUUCAACACAUGCCUCAAUUGAAAUUGAUUCGUUGUUCGAAGGCAUUGAUUUCGGUUCGACCAUCACCCGUGCUCGUUUCCAAGAAUUGUGUGCGGAUUUAUUCCUUUCGACAUUGGAUCCAGUAGAGAAAUCGCUUCGCGAUGCCAAAUUGGAUAAAUCACAAAUCAAUGAAAUCGUAUUGGUUGGUGGCUCCACUCGUAUCCCGAAAAUUCAGAACUUGUUGCAGGACUUUUUCAACGGUAAAGAAUUGAACAAAUCAAUCAAUCUCGAUGAAGCUGUAGCUUAUGGAGCAGCCGUGCAAGCAGCCAUCCUUAAUGGUGAUCAAUCGGAAAAUGUUCAAGGUCUUUUGCUUCAUGACGUUACUCCCCUGUCAUUGGGUAUCUCACUAUUUAAUGAUGUCAUGUCAACAAUAAUCAAACGUAACACUACAAUUCCAACUAAACGAACAAAAGGAUUUGAAACCAGUUCUGAUAACCAGUCUAGUGUACCGAUUCGGGUCUAUGAAGGCGAACGUCCCAUGACCAUAGAUAAUAAUUUAUUGGGCGAAUUUACUUUGGCUGGUAUUCCACCGGCUCCUCGUGGAGUUGAAAAAUUGGAUGUUACAUUUGAUAUUGAUGCAAAUGGUAUUUUAAAUGUAACGGCAAUAAAUCAAAGUACCGGCAGACAAAGUGCAAUUACAAUUACAAACAAUGUAGGUCGAUUAUCACAAAACGAUAUCAAUCGUAUGAUCAAUGAAGCUAAAUUUUAUAAACAAGAAGAUGAUAAACUUGAACGUAUUGCAGCCAAAAAUUCAUUGGAAGAUUAUCUCUACAAAUUGAAAAAGGAAGCAUUUGAAUCUAUGAUUCCGGAACAUCGUAAAAAAAUUAUGAAAAAAAUUAAUGAAGUAUAUAAAUGGUUGGACGCUAAUGCUUUGGCUAAAAAAGUUGAAUUUGAACAUCAACUUAAAGUUUUGGAAGAUGAAUACAAUUUAAUCAUUAAUAAUCAACAAAGUCAAUCACAAAACGAUAUCAAUUGUGUGAACGAUGAAACUAAACUUCAUGAAAAAGAAGAUGAUAAAAAACAUGAACGUAUUGCAGCCAAGAAUUCAUUGGAAAAUUAUGUUUACAAACUGAAAAAAGAAGCAAUUAAAACUGAUUGUCAAAAAAUCCUGAACGAAAUUGAUAAAGUAUGCAAAUGGUUGGAUGCUAAUACUUUGGCAGAAAAAGAUGAAUAUGUACAUAAACUUAAAAAAUUGAAAAGUAAUCCGAUUAUCACUAAAUUGUAUCAACAAGCUGGUGGUUUUCCCGAUGAUGAUGAUUCUGGUAGUGCCGGCAGUGGUGAUGACGUUAAAUCUGGACCUAUCAUCGAAGAAGUCGAUUAAAUAGUUGGAUUUUUUUUUGUAAUUCGAUUCUCAUCUUUGUAUUAUGGUUUUUAUUUCAUCGUUUAAUCAUGGAUCAUCAUUCACGUAUGUAAUUCUAUGUACGACACAGCCAUGAUGUUUUUUCAAUUUAUUGUGUGCUAUAUUGCCACAUUCAUUUGGUUAAUCAUACGAAAAUUAACAGCAAAAUAAAUUCCGUUUUAAACA